AUGAGCAGCGAACCAAAAGGCAGCACGCCAGGAUCAAUUAGCCCACACUACAAUCUGACUAGAGUCAACACUUACCCUCACGCCGAAUUUACCAUCCCACCAUCGGACACACUUUCGCCAUGCCAAAGUGCCCAAACUCACAACGCCGAUGCCCCGGCAUCGGCCAGCUUCAAGGCGAAUCGCCCAAGCAACACUGCAACUGGAGAUGAGAAAGCUCACCGGCCUCAUGAUGAGGAAUCUCGAUCAACCUCUAUCGCCAAUGACGAAGUAACCUAUCCUGAAGGCGGCCUAGGUGCCUGGUCUGUAGUUCUGGGAUCGUUCCUUGGUCUCAUCGCCUCGCUGGGCAUGAUGAACACUGUCGGCAUCUACCAUGCCUACAUCGCCGAGCACUUUCUUGCGGAUUACUCCGAGUCGACCGUCUCAUGGAUCUUCAGCAUGUACGUCUUCCUGUCGUUCUUCUGCGGACUACAGAUUGGACCCAUCUUCGAUGCCCAUGGUCCGCGACUCCUGGUGCUGGCAGGUAGCAUCCUGCUCUGCCUGUCCAACUUCCUGCUCGGCUUGUGCACAUUGUACUGGCAUUUCUUUCUCGUCUUCGGCGUGCUCGGUGGUCUAGGUACAUCCUUGAUCUUCACGCCCGCUUUUGCAGCAGUCAGCCACUUCUUCCUGCAGAAGCGCGGCAACGCUACGGGUAUUGCUGCCGCUGGAGGAUCGCUGGGCGGAGUGAUAUUCCCGCUGGCUUUGGAGAAACUGCUACCGAGCGUAGGCUUCCCAUGGGCGACGCGCAUUAUUGGCUUCAUCACGCUUUUCUGCUGCGUCGGCGCCUGCUUCCUCAUCCGCUCUCGCCUACCACCCAAAGCUGGACAGUCAGUAUGGCCAGAUUUCCGGAUCUUCAGCCAAAAGAGCUACUUUCUCCUUACAAUUGGCAUAUUCAUGAUGGAAUGGGCGCUCUUCAUCCCGAUCACGUACCUCACUACCUUCGCGAUCAGCACCGGCGCCUUUGACCCGUCGUUCUCAUACCAACUCAUCGCCAUCUUCAACGCAGGAAGUUGUCUCGGUCGCUGGGUGCCGGGUCUCCUAGCCGACAAGCUCGGGCGCUUUAACAGCAUGAUAGCUGCACUAGCAGUCUGCUCAGCUACAUCACUGGUGUUCUGGCUCCCCGCAUCGCUCCUCACCCCCACCACUGAGGCCGAGGCGACAGCUAUCAAAGCUCUCUCUAUUGUUUACGCAGUCAUCUUCGGUUUCGCAUCUGGCUCGAAUAUCUCCCUCACGCCGGUUUGUGUAGGCCAGCUCUGCGACACGAAUGUGUACGGGAGAUACUACGCUACGUGCUAUACUGUUGUCAGCUUCAGUACGCUCACGGGUAUCCCUAUCGCGGGGGCUAUCAUUCAGGCUACAGGUGGGCACUACUGGGGUGUGGUCAUCUGGACUGCAGCUUGCUAUAUAGUGGCAUCGCUCUGCUUCGUGUGGAGUCGCGCACUCCAAGUUGGCUGGAAGUUGGGUGUGAAGUUUUGA